AUGGCUGCCAUCCUCCGCUUCUAUCUCUUUCUUCUUCCUUUGCGCUCCUCUGCUCUGGCGUCUGUUGUCUGGGUCGUCGUUGCUGUCUCUUCUCCACAACUGCUAGUAGAACUGAAAAAUUGUAUGAUGGAGUAUGUGAAUAAGACUAUGAACGUAGAUGAUGAAGUUGUUUCUGAAACUCCUCAUGAAAUGUCUGAAAGUGUUGAGACAAUUAGGAGAGAAACAUCAUAUGUUUGGAAUUCUUUUACAAAAAUUGGUAUGGAAAAGGAUGGUUUUGAAAAAGCUACAUGUAAUUAUUGUGGUCGUGAAUACGUAAUUGGUAAAAAUCCUAAGACCAAAACUAAUUAUGGAACUUCACAUUUGAGUCGUCAUAUUUCUGGUUGUAAGAGUAUGGCAAACUCUGAAUCAAAAGACCAACAUGAAAAGUCUAGCUUGAGAAAGGUUAAUCAAAUGACCCAUCGAGAAUUGCUUGCACAAGCCAUAAUCAAACAUGAUCUUGCUUUUAGUUUUGUUGAAUAUGAUUUGAUCAGAGUGUGGAUUGAUUAUGUGAAUCCUGAUAUUGUGAUGCCCUCUAGGAAUACAAUUCGAGAGUUACAUCUGUUUAACUGUCCAUUUGUUGAUGAAAAAUGGAAAUUAAUUAGCAAGAUUCUUAAUUUUUCUCGACUGAAACCUCCACACACUGGGAUUGAAUUGGAAGCCGCUAUAUUUGAUUGCUUAAAGCAAUGGGGAAUUAAGAAGAAAGUAUUUUCUAUUACUUUGGACAAUGCUGCUGCAAAUGAUAACAUGCAGCUUAUAUUGUUAAACCAUCUCCGUUUGCAGAAUACUUUGUUGUGUGAUGGUGAAUAUUUUCAUAUACAUUGCUCUGCACAUAUACUUAAUUUAAUUGUUCAAGAAGGUUUGAAAGUGGCUGCUGAAGCACUUUAUAAAAUCAUAGAAAGUGUUAAGUAUGUGAGAGGAUCAGAUGGGAGGAUGAUUAAGUUUCAAGAUUGUGUGGAACAAGCAGGCAUAGACACAAGCAUUGGUUUGAGAUUAGAUGUGUCAACUAGGUGGAAUUCUACAUAUUUGAUGUUAGAAAGUGCACUUAAGUAUGAAAAGGCAUUUGAUAUUCUCCAAGUGAUAGAUAGGAAUUACAAAUAUUGUCCGUCAUGUGAAGAAUGGAGAAGAGGAGAUAAAAUAUGUGAAUUCCUAGAACCCUUUUACGAGACUACAAACAUGAUUUCAGGUUCAUCUUAUCCAACCUCUAACUUAUACUUUGUACAAGUUUGGAAGAUUGAGUGCAUACUGAACGAAAACUUGUAUAAUGAUGAUUAUACUUUAAGUGAUAUGUCACUGAGGAUGAAAGAGAAGUUUGACAAAUAUUGGAAGGAAUAUAGUACAGUUUUAGCUUUUGGAGCUAUUCUUGACCCGCGUUUGAAGCUUGUUUCCUUAGACUUUUGCUACACAAAAAUUGAUCCAUUUACCUCCCAAAAUAAGGUUAAAAAUAUAAGAGAAAAGUUUGAGAAGCUAUAUGAAGAAUAUGCGAGCAAUCUCAAAGGAUCAAGUGCUUCUAAUUCUCAUUCAUCCAUCAAUUCCAAUCUCUUGCACAAGUCAAGUGGUGAAAGCAAUAGGCCAAAAAAAUCAAAAUUAUACAUAAGUGAGUUUGAAAGGUUUGAGAAUGAAAGUAUGUUUGUUGGUGUGGCAUCAGAAUCGGCUUUUAGUAUCGAUGGGCGUGUUCUUACCAAAUAUAGAAGUUCCACUCUUCCUGAAAAUGUCCAAAUGUUGAUUUGCACUAGGAAUUGGUUGCAUGGUUUUCUCGAGAAUCCUAAUGAUGAAAAUGAUUCUAAUACUAGUGAUCAUGAAACAACAACAUCACAAGCCAAUGUGCAUCAAGAAGUUGAAAUAGAAGAUUAG